AGGACAGAGAAGAAGCUGGGUGGGGUGCAGGUUGUCCGUGAACCCCAGGGGAAGCUGGUGAGGUGUCAUCAGCGGGAGGUGGGGGUGGAGGAAGGAGGUUCCAGGAUGGAUGCCCGGCUGUGGGGCUCGGGCAGGAGGGAACCACGGAAGGGCUUAAAGCAGGGGAGUGACCUGGCUGGACUUUUGCUUUGGGAAGGUUGAGAAUAGCUUGGGAAGCUGUUGGGAGCUGCAGGGUCGAAGGUGGCAUGGCUGGAGGCUGAGGGGCCAUCUGGGGACCUCACUGGCCCUUCAGCGAAGUUCUGGUUUGGGACAAAAGCAGGCUGAGUGACCCCCAAGCUUCUGCCUAUGUAACCUCCUAAGAGAUUCACCGCACAGCUGCCCCUCCUUACCCGGCCUUCGUCUGGGCUUCCUGGGAGAGGAUCUCCACAUCUGACCCCACUCUGGGACCUGCUGACACCUUGGGUCUCUCCGCCGGGAGGGGGGCUUCUGGGCGGCAGUUCUGACUCCCUGGGGGUGGAGACAUGGCAGGUCCCGCCUCUGCUCCCAGCUCCAAGCAGGCUCCCCAGCCUGAGGUGCACGGCCAGGGGCAGACUCUGUCCCUCUGUGAGCCUCAGGUUCCUCAUCUGUGAAAUGGGCAAAUGACACCCCCUAACUUUGUUGUCACAGUCGGUGAUCUGUGUCAGGCAUCGAGCUGGGCACACAGUAGGUGCUUACUAAGUGUGAGUUCUCCCAAACAAGAAGGCGGGGCCUGGCUUGUCCUUCCCCACAUCCCGGCCUCCGUCCUCUUGAUAGCGGUGGAUGCAGCAUGUGCCGAACCGUUCUCUUCACAACACCCCUGCCCUGCUGGGUGCCAGCCCCCAUGCCAAGCAUGAAGGGGCACCAGGGAGAGAGAGGCGAGUGGAGGCUGGGACAGAUGGCACCCUGAAGUGUGGGUCAAGUCCGAAUCAGGCAGGGUCCCUGAACCCUGGCGCUGGGGGAAGUCGCCGACCUGUGGCCAGGGCGGGGCUGAUAAGCUCCAUCAAUCACUUGACUGUCUCUCCUUCCUCGGGCUCCAUCCAGCUGCUUAGCCGCCUCUGGGAACCUCAAGGAAGCUCUCCUGCUGCCAAGAUGCCAUCACCACAGACAGACACUCCUGGGCCGGAGCUGCAGAGUCCCAAGGAGGCUGAGGAGCCACAGACUCCAGCUCAGGGCUCCCGGCGAACAAGCAGCAGGAAAGAGCCCAAUGCCCACUGCAAGGAUGGCACGAGGCUGGGCCUGGGCUCCCUGAGGCAGGCCUUCUCCCGGGCCAGCCAGCGGGCUUUGACCCAGGUCUCCAAGGAGGAUACGGGCCUGUUCCGGCGAAGCUCCUGCUCCCUGUUCCGGUCCUUCCGGCAAGCCCUGGAUGAGGGCCCAGCUACCGGCCAUUCCCAGGCCACUCCUGAGGUGCCCUCGGGGGUCCUGAAUGGUGUCAGCCAGCAGGCAUCCACUGGGGCAGCGUCUGAGGGACUGAACCCCGAGGCAGAAGGCAAAUCCGUGGCCGACCUCAUUACUGAACGGCAACUGCUGGCGGCCUUCGAACAGCUUCUGCGCCUGGAGACGCUGCUGGUGGCCGAGAAGGCCUCGCGCACCUUUGAGCAGGACCCUACGGCCUUCGCGCGGCGCGCUAUGGACGUGUGCCUGCAUUACGACGGGCUGGCAGCCGAGAUCGGCGCCAUCGUACGCGAGACGCUGGACAGCGACGGUGUGGACGCGGCCGCGCUGGCCGAGCUGGCCCGCGUGGUGAGCGCGGAGGAGAAGGCCCACCCUUCUCCCCCCGACGACGGCGACUUCCUGCGCACGCCGCGCCGCUGGCGCCAGCACUGGGAGGAGGCGGUGCGGCGAAGCGCUCAGGAGCGCGUGCGGCGGCCGGGCGCGGGGUGGGCCUUCGGGGAGGCGGAGGGCGCGUCGGGUUUGGCCCAGUUUCUGGCCGAGCUGGGCAGCUUGGUUCGCCGCGACCUGCAGAAGGUGCGGCAGGAGGUGCAGCCCGCGUAUGCGGAGGCCGGCUUCCCAGCGUGGGAGGUCUAUCUGCGUGCCUUCCACAGCGCCGUGGCCCAGCGCCUCCAGGAGCUCGCGCGCGACGCCCGCGGCUGCGAGCAGCUCUAUAUCCUGCUGGACUGGGCCGCCAAUGUCUACGGCAGUCCUGACUUCCUGGGCGCCCCGGGGCUGGCGCUGCCCGCCGAGCCGCUGCCUCCGCUCCUGGCGCCGGACGUGUGGGCCCGACUGGAGAGCGACUACACCAGCUUCCUGGAGGCCAAGAUCGCAAGCUGCUUCGACAGCAUCUUGCAGCUGGAGCAGAGUCACUGGGCGGCCGCCGAGGUCCCCGAGGUGCUGCAGGGCCUCUACCAGGCGCCGCUGUCCAUGGACGUCCACAUGCUCGUGGCCGAGCACGUGAAGGCGGCCGGCGCCAUCUCCGCGGAGCUGGAGGCCACCACCCUGCGAAUCUGCACGCGGGCGCUCGGCCUCUUCGUGCCCAGGUUUGAAAAGGCUUUUCUGGCGUCGGAGGCGGUGAGCGAGCCGCACCUGGGCGCCUACAUCAACGCCUGCGAGGAGCUCAGGACCAGUCUUCUCUCCAGGUUCCCAGGAACCCAAGAGGAGCUGGAGAAGCCCCUGGUGACGGCCACCUGCAGCUUCCAGAAGCACCUGCUUCAGGGCUUGCAGCGUGAGUUGCAGCCGCUCUUCAGGGUUGUGUGCACCAGGGACUGGCUGACGCAGGACUGGCUGCAUCCCCUCAUGGACAAGGUGGUGACCUUCGCCGGUCAUCUCCAGCGUGUGGCCCGGCCACGGGCACAGGAGACUCUGCAGGAGGUGCACCGGUUCGUGGUCCGCGAGUACCUGGCACGGGCGCUGAGGCCACGGGAGCGGUUCCGGGGCAUGGAGCGCAUGCAUGGCUCCCAGAAGAUGAGCCUGGACGCCCAGGCCAUCAGCGACACUUUCCAGGGCCUGGGUUCCGAGGCCACAUGGUUGGACCAAGCCAUCCAGUGCGUGGCUGAGAUCCUGGGCGAGACCUACAAAGACGACAUCCAGCGGCACCUGGAGACUCUCAUCCGGAGCUACCCUGACAUCAGGCGGGACCACAUACUGGCCAUUCUGGCACUGCGCCGACUGGGCCGCCGGCGGAACCAGCAUCUCUUGCAGCACACCCAAGACCUGCUGAGAGCUGCGGCCGGGGUGGCAGGUGCGGAGGCCCCUCGGGGCCACGUGCUCUUCGAGGAGAUCAAGGUGCCCAGUGCCAUGGCUGUGCUGAUCACCUGCGUCUAGUUCUCUCUGGCUCGAGAGGGGGCCGGCCACUGGCAGGGAGCUGUGGUCAGUGGGGGUCAGCCAGGAGCCCAGGGAGUCACUCUGGGCCCUGCCCCCAACUCUGACACUGCAGUUAGGGAAUUUUUGUCGUCAGCAGCCAAGCACAGCUGUCAGGCCAGAAGGAGCAGCCGUGCAGGAGGCAUUUCAGGCAUCGUUGAGGGGAGUGUUUUGGGGCCGCAGAGCUCUCAAUGCUGCCUGUCAGGGGGGGCCUCCCGCCCGACUGUCCAGCUUCACCCUCCAGUCUGAAAGUGAAGAGCAGAGUAUUUAUUUAAAAAAUAAAUGUGAAUUAA